AUGCAGGCCGAUUUCAGUCGCGCAGACCGUGUCGCAGGGCAGCUCCGACGUGAGAUUGCCCAGCUGAUCUGGGCUGAGAUCAAUGAUCCGCGGCUCGGGCCGGUGAGCGUCACCGAUGUUGAAGUGACCCGGGACUUGGCUCAUGCCAAGGUCUACCUGGCCAGCCAGGCACCAGAAACGGUUGCCGAGAGCCUCAAAGUAUUGAAGCAUGCGGCGGGGUUUCUACGGCGGCGAUUGGGCAAAAUGCUUCGUUUACGCGCAGUGCCAGAGCUCCACUUCAAGCACGAUGACUCAAUCGAACGCGGGGCGCACUUGAGUGAAUUGAUCAAUCAAGCCGUCGCUGAAGACUCGAGCCACCCUCACGACGAAGAAGAAUAA